CGCGUGUAGUGUUACCAUGCGUACGAUAGUAGCGUUGGCAUCGCUGACGCUCGUUCAAGGUUUGAUUUCGAUUGUUCUUCAUCUUGGUGCAUACUCAAGCGCUCUCAUGCUCUCAAAUGCCAUUGACCGCCAGCUAGGACUCCAUGUCAUAGCCCUGGGGUACUAGAAGCAGACGGGAGUACCCGCUUCGACGUCAACAUAACCAAGAAGUUGUCUUUGGCCAGUCCAGAUCGACCAUCGCCGGUGCCCGACCACCGUGCUGACAAUGGAAUCAGCGUCAAGACAGACACUCGAUUUGCAAUCAUUAUCCCGUGACCGUGGCGACAUCUUAUCGGUUCGUGGGAGCUCAUCGCGGCCGCCAAAGUACCUGUUUCUGACCACCGUCAUCUCGAAUGCCUGCCAUAUCCGCAACCUCUUCCUCUGCGCCGCCUAAGGUCCUCGUCACUGGCGCGAAUGGCUUCGUCGCUAUGUGGACCGUGCGCACGCUGCUUGAGCGCGGGUACUCUGUCAGAGCGACGGUCCGCUCGGCGCAGAAGGGUAAACACCUGGAGAAAUACUUCGAAAAGUACGGGGACAAGUUCGGGUUGGCAAUCGUGGCCGAUAUCACGCAGGAGACCGCAUUCGAUGAAGCGGUCGUUGGUGUGGACGCCAUCUUUCACAUGGCCUCGCCCGUGAUUUUCGGUGUUGUGGAUCCGCAAGACCUCAUCCGGCCUGCUCUGCAAGGCACUCUUGGAGUCCUCAACAGCGCUUUGAAGUACGGAAAAUCCAUCAAGCGCAUCGUCAUCACCAGCUCCGUCGCGGCCAUCGUCGAAGAGCGCGACGCGCCUGCAGUCUUCGACGAAUCGCACUGGAAUGAGCAGGCGCCGCGCGAGGUGGAGGAGAAAGGGAUCGCGGCAAAUCCUACGUCGAAGUACCGCGCGUCGAAGGUCCUUGCUGAGCGUGCGGCCUGGGACUUCGUCAAAGAGCACGCGAAGGAGAUCAGCUGGGAUCUUGCGGUUAUUAACCCACCGUUGAUCUUUGGCCCCGCCAUCCACGAGGUCAGCAAGCCGGAAGAGCUGAACUGGUCCGCGCUCGAGUGGUACAAGACGGUCGCCAGCCUGGACAUGGGCAGCAAGCCGAAGGAGGUCAUCCUCUCCCGUCGCGCAUGCUGGGUCGACGUCCGCGACGUUGCCGAGGGGCAUGUGCGUGCGCUCGAGACGGAGGCGGCUGGUGGCAAGCGAUUCAUCAUCAGCGCCGGCUCGCUUUGCGUGCAGGAAUUCAUCAACGUAGCGAACGCGUUAAACAAGACUGGGAGAAAGCUGCCGGUCGGAUAUCCCGAUCUUCCAACCGAAGACCCGCCAUUCCUUCUGUACGAUGCUUCGCGUUCGAAGGACAUACUGGGUAUGACAUACCUAGCAAUGGAGGAGACGACGCGAGACACGCUUGCGGAUUACGAUGCGCGCGGAUGGGCUUGAGCAGUGGUCGGAUUCGGGGACCAUGUCAGGGCGCAGUACAUGCUCACUCCAUUGUUAUGUAGACCAUAGAGAACAACUCUCAAUAGACGAUCACAGUAUCGUAUGCAGAACCUGGAAACAAGAUGGUACCGUUCGACCA